GCCGGCGGCGAAGCGGGCGGGGCGAUGGGGCGCUUCCGCAAAGAUGGCGGCGGCUAGGGGCGCUCGCCUGGCGGCCUGGGGCGGGAGACUGCGGCGUGGGCUCGCGGCCGGCCAGCGGGUGUUACCGAGCCCUCGCCCGUUGGCGGCAGCAGUGGCCGGGGUGGCCCUGGCAGGAGCAGGAGCGGCGUGGUACCAUGGCCGCGUGAACGUCGCGGCGCCCGAGGGCUGCCUCAGCGUCCUAGCCCAGAAAAAUGUUGACUGUGGAGAGAUGAUAGGGAAAUUGUCCCUUCGUAAACAGCGCUUCAUGCAGUUUUCUUCACUGGAAUAUGGAGGAGAAUAUUACAUGACACCACGAGACUUCCUCUUUUCUGUAAUGUUUGAACAAAUGGAACGUAAAACUUCAGUCAAGAAGCUGACAAAAAAGGAUAUCGAGGAUAUACUGGGAGGAAUCCAAACAGCUGCUUGUGGAUCAACCUUUUUUAGAGACCUUGGCGAUAAAGGGCUAAUUUCAUAUAUGGAGUAUCUUUUCUUGCUUACAAUCCUUACUAAACCCCAUACUGGUUUUCAUGUUGCUUUUAAAAUGCUGGAUACAGAUGGUGAUGAGAUGGUUGAGAAAAAGGAGUUUUUUAAGCUGCAGAAGAUCAUAAGUAAAGAAGAUGAUUUGAGGACAGUAACUAAAGAAACAGAAUUCCAGAAAUCAACAGUGAAAGAACCUGAAAUUAAUACAACCCUUCAGAUACGUUUCUUUGGAAAAAGAGGAGAAAAAAAACUUCAUUACAGAGAAUUUCGAAGAUUUAUGGAAAAUUUACAAACAGAGAUCCAAGAAAUGGAAUUCCUUCAGUUCUCUAAAGGUUUGAAUUUUAUGAGAAAAGAAGACUUUGCAGAGUGGCUACUUUUUUUCACUAACACUGAAAAUAAAGACAUUUAUUGGAAAAAUGUGAGAGAGAAGUUGUCAGCAGGAGAGAACAUUAGUUUGGAUGAAUUCAAGUCAUUCUGUCAUUUUACGACCCAUUUGGAAGACUUUGCUAUUGCCAUGCAAAUGUUUAGUUUAGCUCAUCGCCCUGUCAGACUAGCGGAGUUUAAGAGAGCUGUCAAAGUGGCGACAGGACAGGAGCUCUCCAACAAUAUUUUGGACACCGUCUUCAAGCUCUUUGAUUUGGAUGGCGAUGAGUGUCUGAGCCACGAGGAGUUUCUUGGGGUGUUAAAAAACAGGAUGCAUCGAGGCUUAUGGGUACCACAACAACUAAGUAUACAAGAAUACUGGAAAUGUGUGAAAAAAGAAAGCAUUAAAGGAGUGAAAGAAGUCUGGAAGCAAGCUGGAAAACAUCCUUUUUAAAAAAAAAUCACAUGGAGAUUAUAUUACUCCAAAUGUCAGAAUUUGGGAUUUUUUUUUAAGUACUAAAUGUUUUCUUCUUAAGCCUUACUGAUUUCCUUUGAAAUAUAAAUAUGCCUUGUAUUUGUUCUCAGUCUAUUCUCUGAUAUAAAAUAAUUUCUUAAUGCAAUUUCAUUAAAGAACUUAGUAAAAUGAAAGUAAUCUUUUAUAAAAACAGGUAUUCUGUCAGAAUGUCCAGGACUGAAGUAAUGCUUUGUACUUGAUAAGAUGGAAAACACUGACUUCUUGGACAUAAAAACACAAUAUACCCUCUCGAAGGAUCAGCAAGUACUGAUAGACAAGGCCAGUAUCAAUUCCACAAGUCCUGAUACUCCUUAUAGGGCAAAUUAAGGUAAAAACAUUUUGGAUUUUCUCAUCUGUAUCUUACAUAUCAUAAAGUUCUUGUAUAUUUUAUUUCAGUUGGCUCCAUAUUGGUUAUCUUAAAAAUAGCAUAAAUUUCAGUAUCCUCACUGGAAACAGAAUAAAGUAUUUAUAAAGCCAAAAAUUA